AUGUCGAUGUAUGUCAUCCAUGAAUGUGCGUGCCUUCCCGGCUCAUUGGCAGCCGUUCAGCUCGUCCCGUUCCUUCCGUAUCUAGAUAGUUACGCAGGUACACAAUCAAAGAGGUUCUCUCCUCGUAUCGCCAUCUUCUUAUCCUUUUCAUCCUCUCAUCGCCUCCUCGCACAACCCAGUUUCCUUCCUUCUCCCAACAUUGCCCCUCUUUACUCGGAGCCUCGAGGGUGCAGUCCCUUGAUCACGGAGGCCCACGACUUCAACCAGAUCGUUAAACGAGGUGGAGAGGACUGGCUCAGUGCCCUCCUGAAAAUCGAGGCUGAAAAUUCCCAGAUAUUAUGGAUCUAA